UUUCAAAUUAAUGCCGAUAAAGUUUUAUUGAUAGUAUUUAAUAAUUUCGUUUCAAUAAACUGAUGAAAUAAUUGUUACUAACUAAAUCUACUGAAAAAUGGAAAUAACUAGAAAAAAUUUCCUUGAUGAACUGGAAAACAUACGAAGAAACAUAAAACGUGCUAGCUUUAUAGGAUUUGAUGCCGAAUUCACUGCAAUAUUGUCUGGAGAAAACUUCAAACACAGGCUAUUUGAUACAAACGAAGAAAGGUAUGAUAAAAUAAAAGAUCUAGUUGGUAAAAUGCUGAUGACUCAAGUUGGUUUGACCAUGUUUCAAUAUGAGCGAGACCUGGACAGCUACGAAGCAGUGGGCUAUACAUUUCAUUUGUGCCCACAAGUGUUUGCUGAUGUGGACCAAUCUUUUAUAUUUCAAGCCUCAACUUUGAAAUUUCUUUGUAAGCACAAUUUUGAUUUUAAUAAGUUUACUUAUGAAGGGCUUCCAUAUUUAAGUAAGGCAGAGGAAGAAAAAAUAAGACAGCAGUUGAAGGAACAGCAGUUGUUUACUAACUUAGCUCGCUCAUUAGAAAUGGAUGAUGAAAGACAAUUGCAGCAAUACUGCUCUGAAGUGUCAAAAUGGUUGUCCAAUAGUGAUGAAGGCACAAUUUACUUGGACAUACAAGAUCCCGUCCUUAGGUAUAUGGUACACAAUGAGCUAAGGAUGCGUUUUGAUGAUGUUCUAACAACUGAUAGCUUAGGUAAUAGUAAUAAGGUUCUUAUAUACAGAGAUAAGUAUGUAGAGGGAGCAAACAGUGCCCCAAUGCAAAUACUUGAAGAUAACUUGAUGAAUCACCUCUUAGGAUUUUCACAAAUUAUUGACAUGUUGGUGACCUAUCAAAAGCCAAUAAUAGGUCAUAACUUGUUCUUAGACACAAUUCUUCUUCACAGCCAAUUUAUAGGUCCUAUGCCAAGCAAAUAUUCAACGUUCAAAAAAAAUAUUCACUCCUUAUUUCCGAUGUUUUUCGAUACAAAAUACAUAUCUCAUGAAAUGGGGAAAAAAUUGUCAUUCGACGAAGUUUGGAAAUCAAAUGCACUGCAAGACUUGUAUGAAUUCUUUUCUGAAGGGAAAUGUAAGAAGCUGGAAAAUGGAGUGAAUUUUAUAAGACUGACUACACCGUUUAAUGUGAAGCAGAGUUACCAUGAGGCAGGAUGGGAUUCUUUUUGUUCAGCUUACUGUUUCAUCCGUUUGGGCCAUUGGGCGGCGUGUGAGCUGAUUGGGAAGUACCGUCCCGUCGGACCCACGGAGAAAUUGUCCGCUUUGGCGCCAUAUUGCAAUAAAAUCAACAUCAUUCGAGGAGCUAUGCCUUAUAUGAACCUAGUCGACAGCGACCCGUCGUCGCACCGGCCAAACUUGCUCCAUAUAAAAUCUAUAAAGGAGCGCGCUAUAAACGUCGGAAAGGUGGCGUCAUCGCUGGCGGGUUUCGGCUCCGUGGACGUGAAACUGUUCGGCAGCAGGACUGCACUAGUGGCUGCUAGCUCGCAAUACACUGCAGAUAAAAUAUUGAAGCAAUUCAAAAACAGCCGAGAUUACAGAAUAACUCCAUAUAGCGCGAUCAGACAUUCGACAGCAGGGCGCAUGGCAUUAUGGAGUGGUGCAAUAUUAACUACAAGUAUUGUGUUAUUCUUCCUACACAAAAAUGUGAAUAAAUGACAACUCCAGAGCUUUCCUUGUUCUACUCGCCUAUACAGAUAUCAUGCCCAGUGAACUACAAUGUAAAAUAGCUGUAUAUGAAUAUGUAUAAAAGUAAGGAAAUAAAGUUAAAUGAAUCAAUA